GCUGCGUGACAGUUGCCGCGGGGGGCGAGCGAGCCCGGCCAGGGGGAGGGAGUGUAAACAGAGCGAAGGCGGCGCCGCGUCGGCCCCGCAGUCGCUGGGGACCCGCAAGGAGCCCCAGAGGAAGAUGGAAGCAGCCGAACGAGAGCAGCGGCGCAGAAAGGUGGAGGCCGGGAGGGCGAAGCUUGCUCACUUCCGACAGAGAAAAACAAAAGGUGACUGUGCGAAUUCGGAGAAAAAGACGUCGAAGAGGAAGGGCUCGGCUGUCGAUGCGCCUGUCCAGGAGGAGAGUCCGGUAGCCAGCGAGGACGGCGCACGCCUUGGAGGAGGGGCUGUUUGCAGAAGUACGGCGUGUAUCGACAGCCCUGAUGCGGAAAGAGGGGCAUUUGCAGCUCAGGCCACGUCCUUUGGUUUCCUUCCCCAAGAACGUGAACAGGAAUGUGAACCUGAGAUUGCUGAGCUCGUGGGCAGACCCGACGGGCAGCAGCAGACACAGACGGUGCACAGCCUUGAGCUGGAGGCGCUGCGCCUGAGCCUGAGCAACAUGCACACGGUGCAGCUGGAGCUGAUGCAGGCCAACCUGCAGAAGGAGAAGGAGACGGCGCUGACGGAGCUGCGGGAGAUGCUGAACAGCCGGCACGCCCAGGAGCUGGCCCUGCUGCAGAGCAGGCAGCAGCACGCGCUGGAGCUCCUCAGGGAGCAGCAUGCGCGGGAGAAGGAAGAGAUGGCGCUCAGGCGUAGCCAGGAAACAGCUGAGCUGAAGGAGAAGUUACAAUCAGAGAUGGAGAAAAAUGUCCAAGUAAUGGAGGCCCUGAAGCAAGACUGGGAAUCUGAAAGAGAUUUAUGCUUAGAAAAGCUACGCAAAGAGUUAUCUGCAAAGCAUCAGUUAGAAAUGGAGGAUUUACGAAGCCAGUUUCAGGAAGAAUUGGCAGAACAGAAAGCUGAGUUGGAAAAGAUUUUUCAAGCCAAAAACCAGGCUGAAUCUACCCUUGAGAAUCUGGAAGCUCAACAUGAAGCAGUCAUUAAAAAGUUGCGUGAAGACCUACAGUCUGAACAUUGCCGUUACUUAGAAAACUUGGAGUUAAAAUUCAAAGAAAAGGAAAGAGAAAAACAGCUAGAGCUGGAGACCCUGCAGGCGUCGUACGAAGACCUGCGGGCGCAGUCGCAGCAAGAGAUCCGGCACCUGUGGUCGCAGCUCGAGUCUACGGGAACCAACAGGCAGGAACUGAACGAGUUACGUGAGCAGCUCCUGGCGAGAGCAUCUCGUGUGGAAGAACUGGAAAACCUGAAGCGAGAUUUUGAACAGCAGCAGCAGCAAGAAAAAUCCCAGCAUGAAUCCGAACUGGAGCAAUUGAGAAUUUAUUUUGAAGAGAAAUUAAGGGAUGCCGAGAAAACCUACCAAGAAGACCUGAUUCUGUUACAGCAUCGGCUGCAGGAGGGGAAGGAAGAUUCUGUACUGGAGUCUGUGGAAAUCAGUUCACCGUGUGCUUGUUUGGAAGAGACGCCUGAAAAAGAAAAAACAGGUUGUCUUGAUCAACUUGACCUUCAACCUGAGCAACAUGAGGGGAGCCCACGUUUCCAGGCGGACGUGGGAGGAAACCAGGGGCAUCAGUCAGAAGCACCAAAGUCUCCUCUCCACACCCAGCAUGACGGGGACAUCGCGGACAGACGCCGCUGGGAGACAGAGGUGUUGGGGCAGGAGCAUCUGGAGCUCGAGUGGCUUCCAGCUGCGUCCUCGGAGCACAGCCAAGAGCUUGCUCUGGUGCGUCCCCUGUGUGCACACGAUGCAGCCCUGGAGGCUGACAUGGAAGUGGCUGCCAGAGUCUUGAAUUUGGACACUGAGCACAAAGUUAAACUUUCACUUCUUCAGACUGAGCUCAGAGAAGAAAUUGAACUCUUAAAGAUAGAAAACAGAAACUUACAUGAGAGGCUGCAGCAUGCAAUCGGUGUGAAAGAGGACUUGGAGAAGGUAAAGCAUAAUUUAGUUGAAGCCCACCAGGAAGAACUGACUAAAACUAAGGAGAAGAAUCAGCUAAUGAAACAGGAAUUAAAAAAAAAAGAAGCCGAGUGGAAAGUUCUAAGUGAGGAUCUAAAGAGAGAAGCUGAAGAGAAGUUAACGCUGAUGCUUUUUGAGCUGAGAGAAAAGGCUGAGUCUGAGAAGCGGUUGGCACUGAAUAAGUUUGAGCUCCGGGAGGAGGAAAUGCGGCAGCUGCAGGACCAGCAGGCCACGCAGAUCCGGGCCCUGGAGCAGUCCCUGGCGGAGCAGCAGGGCCGCCUGCAGCAGCUGGAGCAGGGGCUGGCCGCGGAGGAGCCGCCGCUGGGCAGCCCGUGUGGGGACAGGGAGCAUGUGCCCCGGGUGCAGGAGGACUGCGCCCUGCAGCUGAUGCUGGCCCGGAACAGGUUUUUAGAAGAACGUAAAGUGAUCGCAGAGAAAUUCAACGCAGAGCAAGACGCCGUUCUGCGGGAGGCCGAGGAGAAGCACGCCCGCGAGCUGCAGCUGCUCCAGGAGAGACACCAGCAGCAGCUCCAGGCCGUGUCGCGGGAGCUCGAGGCCAGGCACCAGGCUGAGCUCCAUGAGCUGGCUGCCUCCGUGGAGAACGAACAGCGGGCUCUGCUGGACGCUCGCGUGGCCGAAUUGCAGGCGAAACAUGCUGCCGAAAUCCGUGCUUUGGAAGCGAGACAUCGGUCCAGCCUGGACUCGGUGGAGUCCUGCUGCCUGGCUGAGAUGCAGACGGUGCGGGGCGAGCACAGGCGGGCCCUCGCGCGUUUGCAGGCGGACUUCACGGAACAGCUGCAGAGGAAGGACGCUGCUCACCAGGCGGUCUUGUCUCAGGAGUUGGAGAAACUUAAGCUGAAACGUGACGAGGAGCUUCAGUCUGCGCAGGACGGGCCGAGAGCUGACACGAGCGCUGGGCCCGUCACCAGCUUGGAGGCCCCGGCCCCAGAGCUGCCGGGAGCGCGCCAGGGUGAGUUUGAAAGUGAGAAGAAAGCUGCUUUGCAUGCAGAACAGGAGCUACGUAGACUUGGGAGCCAGCAGGCACGGGCUCUCUGCCCGAAGGAGAAGGAAUCUUUGUCCCUGCAGCUUCAGGAGAAGGAUGACCAAAUCCAGCAGCUGGAAGAACAAGUUUUGUCCUUAAGCCACAAGGUGGAAGAGAGCCGUUCUGAACUGGAGAUGCUGCAGCAACGGCGUGAAAGGGAGAACCAGGAAGGCGAGAACCUCAUCUCCAUGCUCAAGGCCGACGUCGACCUGUCUCACAGCGAAAGGCGGGCUCUCCAGGACGCCCUGCGGAGGCUGCUGGCCUUGUUUGGAGAGACCCUGCAGGCAGCCGUCGCCCUGAGGAGCCAGAUUGGAGAACGCGUGGGGCUCUGCCUGGACGAUGCAGGUGCAGACCAGGCCCUGCCAGCAGCUCCGGCGCUUGACGAGACGUGGUCUGACGCGGCCCUGCUGGAGGUGGACAGGACUGUGUCUGAGUGUGCGGAGAUGUCCUCCGCGGCUGAGGUCAGCAGUCAUGUCCGCGAGAGCUUUCUGAUGAGCCCCGACAGCGCGCUGGGGUGUGAGCAGACGGUCAGGAGAGUCUACCAGAGCCUGGGCCUCGCCGUGGACGGCCUCCUGGCGAUGGUGCUGGACUCCACCAGGCAGCUGGAGGAAGCACGACAAAUUCACUCUCGUUUUGAAAAAGAAUUCAGUUGUAAAAAUGAGGAGACGGCGCAGGUCAUUAGGAAGCACAAGGAGCUGCUGGCGCACUUGGAGGAGCAGAGCGCGGCCAAGGCUGGGCUGGAGCUGCAGCUGCACACGGCGGAGGGCAUCCUGGAGGGACUGAAGGUGGAGAAGGCGGAUCUGCAGGAGGUGCUGGGCCGGAAGGAGGAGUCAGAGCGGCACCUCGUCCUGGAGCUGGAGGGCCUGAGGCGGCAGCUGGGGCAGGCGGUGCGGGAGCAGGCGGCGCUGAAGGAGGAAUACGGCCACCUGUGGAGCCAGAAGGAAGCUUGGGCCGCGGAAGCGGAGGAGAGAGAGGCAGCACUUCGCAAGGAAGUGGAAUGUCUGACCAAGGAGCAGUCGGAGACGCGGAAGCAGUCUGAGAAGGACCGCUCGGCCCUGCUCUCCCAGAUGAAGGUUCUGGAGUGUGAGCUGGAGGAGCAGCUCUCUCGGCACCAGGGCUGUGCCAGGCAGGCUGAGGAAGUCACCGCCCUGAAGCAGCAGAUGGCUUCUCUGGACAAGCACCUGCGCAACCAGCGGCAUUUCAUGGACGAGCAGGCCGCGGAGCGGGAGCACGAGCGCGAGGAGUUCCAGCAGGAGAUCCAGAGGCUGGAGGGGCAGCUCCGCCAGGCGGCCCGGCCGCAGCCCCAGGGCCCCCUGCACAGCCCGCAGCGCACACGGCCGGAUGAGGAGGUUGAAUUGUUACAACAGAAGUUGAGAGAAAAAUCAGAUGCAUUUAACGAAUUGGUUAUAAAGAAAGAGUUGGCAGAUAGACGAGUGCUAAUCCAGGAAGAAGAAAUUAAACAUCUGGAAGAGAUGAAUGCCGACACCAGGAGAAAAGCGGUCCAGCUCCAGGAAGAACUGGAGAAACAGAAAAAAGCUGUGAAGGAAUUACAAGACAGAGAGGCGCUAAAGGAGCAGCAGAUGACUCACUUGCUUCUGGAGUCCACACUGCAGUCUGAACGGGGUGAGGACAGGUGUCCCGGGCCUCCCGCAGACAGCCCUCCCGCGGGUCCCGAGGUGCCAUGGGAGGCAGCGCAGAGGGCGCCCCUGCAGCGCGACGGCGAGGUCUUAGACUUAAAAGGACAUCUGGAGGAGACUAAAGAUGACUUAGUAAAUACAAAUGAAGAGGCACUAUAUCAGAAUUUAAAAUCAGAUGUGCAGAACACCCCGACGGCCAUGAGCAUCAGAGAACUUGAGGAAGAGAAUGCCAAUCUAAAGGUCGUGUGUGCCAGAAGUUCCGAAAUUGAAGAGCUGAAAGCCACUAUUGAAAAUUUGCAAGAGAACCAGGAACGAUUACAAAAGGACAAAGCAGAGGAAAUCGAACGGCUCCACGAAGUCAUCGAGAAGCUGCAGCAGGAACUGUCCAUCACAGCGCCCGCGAUGCAGGGGGCCAGCGACAGCCGGGUGGGAAGUCUGCAGAGUGAGCUGCUCUGCUCCCAGGCGGAGGGCCCCUGCGGGCAGGCGCUGCAGGGCGAGCUCCAGGCUGCACUUGCGGCCAAGGAUGCCCUGAGCCAGCUGCUGGCCGACCAGGCCCACAGGCACAGCCAGGCCCUGCAGGCCCUGCAGCAGCAGCUGCAGGGUGCGGAGGAGGCCGCCGCACGGCAGCUGGUGGAGCUGGGGCGCAGUGCGGCCCUUAGGGAGGCUGAGGUCGAGGGCAUGGCCACCCGGGUCCGGGAGUUCGAGGCUGCACUAAAAGCAAAGGAAGCGACGAUUGCUGCGAGAGACUUAGAGAUUGACGCUGUGAACAGGUGGAAAGCGGCCCACUCCAGCGCGCUGAAGGCCGUCCUGUCGGCCGUGGCCCGUUUCCGCGGUGCCCUGGAGCAGCAGCCCCUGGCCGGCCCAGCCGAGCCCCCUGAGCUGCAGCGGCUCCGAGCACAGUGUGUCCGUCUCAGCCGCCAGCUGCAGGUGCUGAACCAGCGGUCCCUGAGGUGCCAGAUGGAGCUGGACAGACAGCAGGCGCACUGGGCCUGCCGGCACCCUGGCCUGGAGGGCAGCACCGAGCCGCGGGUGCUCAGGGAUGCGGAGGCGCCGGAGCAGGGUGUCAGCAGCAGGCGGCUGACCUCCGGUCUCCGUGGCCGGGACCAGGACCCACGGGGUGAUUUGCCGCCUGCCAAAGUCCUGGCGGUGCCGAAGGACCCGGGUCUCCACACGCAGGACAGCGCGACGCCGGUGCUCACCGCCUGCCAGAGGCAGCUGCAGUCAGAGCUGCUCCUGCUGAAAAACGAAAUGCGCUCGAGUCUGGAGGGCGGCGGCGCGGCUGGGGGAAGCGCGAAGGGUAAGGACAAAGGACUGGAAGAUUGUCAGCUGCAGAAAGUCGAUCUCAUAGCUCAGGUGAAACAACUUCAAGAAAAAUUGAACCAUCUGGUAUAUUCUGUGACCUUCCAGGAUGUCAACACUGCAGAUUUUAAAUUUCAACAGCCGUUGGCAUCAGCAUUUGGGUCAGCAAACAGUUCGAGUGAUGGUUCCCACAAUGGUGAAGAGACUGACAAAUCGCCUCCUGUGGAUGCAUUUGAUAUCCACAGAACCACGAGGGAUCUAACUGAUGCUACCAAAGAUCAGGAUUAUUUGAUAAGUGAAAUGCUAGAUUUUCCCAUUCAAGAAAAAUCAGAACUGCAGGAUGGGUCCCAUUCUUUACCAGCCCCUGUGCAUGGCGGUGCCCUGAGCCGCAGUGACCUGGCCAAGCCCCUGAAGAGCCCGGUCAGGGUGCUGGACCUGUCCUCCUGGAGCUCCCCCGAGGUCCUCAGGAAGGACUCAGCCCUCGAGCCCCAGCCCAGCCUCCCCCUGACGCCCCGCUCCGACGUCCUGAGCCUGCGCAGUGCCGAUGCCUCCCUGCAGGACGGGACCCAGGCCUCGCUGCUGCUGGCCGCUGAGCCGGGGCUGCUUUGUUCCCCGGGCGUGUCUGCAGCAGGACAGGCCCCACCGUGGGCAGAGUCUCCGCCGGCCGACCACCAGCCUGUGGAGAGGAUGCCUGUGGAGAAAGAUGUCGAAGAUUUUAUCAUAACAUCUUUUGAUUCUCAAGAAACGUUACGUUCACCUCCUCCCGGGUUAGAAGAAAACAAUGACGGAAGUGAAGAAAGUGACAGCUCGGGUUUCAGAGGGAAACUGAGCCCACGAUCAGGGGGACCCGAGGCUCCCGCUGGUGGCCCUGUCUCCAGAAGGUCUCGACAGCCGCCAGCAGCCAUGAAAGGGAAGGACGUCCAGGCACAGCACGUGAAGGCCUUGCUGCAGAUGGUGCGCGAGGAGAGCUGCCAGAUCCUGGCCCUGUCGGAGGGCUGCGGGCCCCCCAGCGCUCUGGGCAGAGGGGAGCCAUGCGCACUCCUGGACCCCAUCCCAAGGGAGGGGCAGGGCCUGCUGGAAGCAGCACCCCCAAAAGGGGAGAAGGAGCCUUCCGAUGUGCGCCUUGGUUGGAGGGGGGAGCUUCUGCAGGUUGUGCAGGCGGCGUUUGACAAGGAGUGGAGGACGCUGAAGCUCCCGCUGCAGCCUGGACUUGGCAGCUCAGACCCAGGCCGCGACUGCCUGUUGGAGAGGCUGGAGAAGGUUGUCCAAGUGCAGGGAGACCUGCAGGAAACGUCCCUGGAGCACCUCCGCGGGCCGGACCGGAGCAGCCUGCUGUCCGAGGUGCAGGCCCUGCGUGCCCAGCUGCGCCUCACGCACCUGCAGAACCAGGAGAAGCUGCAGCAGCUGUGUGCGGCGCUGACCAGCGUGGAGGCCCGUGGGAGCUGGCAGGAGCACCAGCUGCGCAGGCAGGUUGAGUUAUUGGCAUACAAAGUCGAGCAGGAAAAAUGCAUCGCGAGCGACCUGCAGAAGACCCUCAGUGAGGAGCAGGAGAAGGCCAACGGGGUUCGGAAGCUCCUGGCAGCGGAGCAGAGUGCCGUGAAAGCUCUGAAGUCCGAGCUCUGUGAGUGCAGGCAGGAGAACGAGAGGCUGCUGAAGUCCCUGGACGACGUGCAGCAGGAAGUCCUGCAGCUGAGAUCCAUGCUGGACGGCAAGGAGAGCAACCUGCAGGCUGCGCUUCAGGAGCUGGAGUGUGAGCGCGGGAAGGAGCGUGUCCUCCAGAGCCGGCUGGAGGAGCAGCAGCUUCGGCACCUGCAGAGGGAGGGCCAGAGCUCCAAGUCCCUGGAGGAGUUACGAACGUCCUUGGAGAAGCAGCGUGCACAGAGCAGCCGGCUCGGCGUUGCCCUGAAGCACGAGCAGACGGCCAGGGACAACCUGCAGAAGGAGCUGCGCAUCGAGCACUCGCGCUUCGAGGCCCUGCUGGCGCAGGAGCGGGCCCAGCUCUGCCAGCUGCAGAAGGACCUGGAGGCCGAGAAGAGCCACUCGCUGGAGCUGUCGGAAGCUUUGCAGCAUGAGCGGCUCCUCACGGAGCAGCUGAGCCGGAGCACGCAGGAGGCCUGCGCCCAGCAGGACGUGCAGGCGCAGCAGGCCCUGCUGCGGGAGCUGCAGGAGGAGAAGGCCCGCGUGCGGGAGCUGCAGGCGGUGCUGGACACGGUGCAGCAGCAAGCCGUGCACACGCAGCAGCAGCUGGAGGAGCUCCGGAGAGAGAAGGAGGUAAGUGCUGCGUUGACGGCAACCGUGGGAGCUCUGCAGACCCAAAAGCGAGAGCUGAGACGCUGUCUGGAGAGAGAGAGGGAGCAGCCAGCGUGGUUGCAGGCAGACUUAGCGCAGUCACACUCACGAUGGAAAGAGCCAGAAGGACCCGAGGACACACGGAGCACAGCGGAGACGAGGCAGAGCCGGGCACGUGCGGGGCAGUGGAGGAAGUGGCAGAGAGAAAAGGAGAAGCUGCGAGAGCUGGAGCUGCAGCGGCAGCGUGAGGAGCACAAGAUCCGCCAGCUCCAGCGGACGGUGCGAGAACUGGAGUCAAAGGAAGAGGCGCUCCGCAGCGGCCUCCACCGGGGCGCUCCUCGAGGGGCCUGCGGCUCCGACGGGCCAGACCAGCUCCGGGAACAGCAGCAGGAGCUGGAGAAGAUCAGGCAGCAGCUGCUCUGCACUGCCGGGCUCCUCACCAGCUUCGUCCGCCAGACCGUGGGCAGGACCUUCAGUGACUGGGCGUCGUCCAAAGAGAAAGCAGUGGCGUCUUUGCUGCGCACGUUGGAGGAGCUGAAGCCCGAGCUGAGCAGGCCCACCCCCUGCCAGAAAAAAAUGGCAGCAGAGCUACAAGUCCAGCUUGUGGAGGUCCUGCUGCAAGACAAUGACUCCCUCACAAAAGCGCUCACCGUGGCGGCCGAGGAGAAGUCGGAGCUGAGCAGGGCCGUGUCCAAGCUGGAAAAGACCCUGAAGCACCAUGUGCAGAAGGGCUGUGCCCUGAGCAGGUUGGACAGGCCCACGUGGAGGCAGGACCGCACGGUGCCGCAGAGCUCACAGCACUCAGACCUCGGACGGCCCCCGCCAGCUGCCAGCACAGAAGCAAACACCUGCAACGUCAGGAUGGAGAAGUUGUACCUGCAUUAUUUGAGAGCAGAGAGUUUUAGGAAAGCUCUGAUUUAUCAAAAGAAGUAUCUCUUACUGUUGAUCGGUGGGUUCCAGGAUUCUGAACAAGAAACACUCUCCAUGAUUGCUCACUUGGGGGUGUUUCCUUCCAAAGCAGAUAAGAAAAUCACCACAUCUCGUCCUUUUACAAAGUUCCGCACGGCUGUCAGGGUGGUCAUCGCAAUAUUAAGAUUACGUUUUUUGGUUAAGAAAUGGCAAGAAGUAGAUCGGAAAGGAGCUCUAGCACCAGGCAAAGCCCCCCGCCCAGGACCCCGAGCGUCUCGGCGGCAGCGGUCACCUGAAUCCAGAGAGUCCCCCCCGACCCGGGAUGUGUCUUCAGGUCACACCAGGGACCCUGCCCGUGGCCCCGGACCUGCAGCAGCAGCCUCCCCGGGCAGGAGGGGAAGAUCCACUCCAUCCCCAAAUUCAAGAUUAGAAAGAUCCCUGACUGCUUCAGAAGAUCCAGAACAUUCCUUGACAGAAUAUAUUCACCAUUUGGAAACGAUCCAGCAAAGACUGGGGGGGUUACCGCCAGAUUUUACUUCAAAGAAAUCCUGCCAUCAGAAGAGUAAACAAUGAAUAAAAUCCGUGUGGCUCUCACCUGGGACGGUUCUAUUUGAGAAAAAGAUUUAUUCUUCUCUUUUCUCAAGGAAGCUCUGGGCUGUCCCCGUGCCGUGGUGCCGCCGUGGGCACCGCCAGGGCAGCAUCCUCUCCUGCGUGCGCCGCUGCACAGCCCGACGGGGCGUUUUCUGUGUCAUCUCUUAGUUCUGCACCGUCACGAGGUCACGCACUCCCCGAGCCGGUGCGUGCCGUUGGGGGAGCUGCCCUGGCCCCUGAGGAGGGUAAGCAGAGAAUGGCUCCCUGUUGUUUACUGAAAGUGUGCAGAUGGAAACUUUGUUUAAAAACAAACACAUACAAAUAAAACCAAAAAGAAGGAAUAAAAUGUAAGCACUAUUUCAUUUGAGAAGAGCCCUUUUGCUGUUCUUAGUUUUGUCCAGUUUGCUUUUCUCACUGGCAAAACAAAACAAAACAAAAUAUAGAAUUUAUGUUAAACUCCUGUAAGUGGAAAACUUUGGUGGAACUCAAAGCUUCCUUCCCUCAGCAAAGACAAAUCGCCACUCGGCUGCUGCUUAAUCAUACUUUCAAGAUGCUGCUGCUGUUUAUCUGCUUUUCAAGACUGUGGCCUUGUGUGUUUUCACCACACUCAUUUGUGCCAGGUAGCAGUAUUUAGCAAGCAGCCUUUACCUCCAAAAUGAACUGAGUAUAGUUAUAAGUAUCUCAGUGUGUUUUUUGGACCUUUGAACAUGGUAUUUAUUUGAACAUAUUUUUCUUCUGGGGUUAGGUUUUAAUAUAAAAUAACUUUUCUUCUAAA